GGAGGUGGUGGGGUUGAAGCAGCCGCUACCGGCAGCGCUCGGCUCAGGGUCGGGUUCGGAGCGGCCGGGCCGCGCGGGGCAGCGCAGCGCUUCUCUGCUCGUGCGGGGCCUCCCCCCCUGAGGGCGGGCGGGCCGCGGGCACGGCGCGGCCAUGGCCGAGGAGCCCAGCGCGCUGCCCUGGUCCAUCAACAAGGAUGACUACGAGCUGCAGGAGGUCAUCGGGAGCGGAGCGACAGCUGUGGUGCAGGCAGCCUUCUGUGUUCCAAAGAAGGAGAAGGUGGCAAUUAAACGGAUCAAUCUUGAGAAGUGUCAGACGAGCAUGGAUGAACUCCUGAAAGAAAUUCAAGCAAUGAGUCAGUGCCACCACCCCAACAUUGUAUCUUACUACACGUCAUUUGUGGUGAAAGAUGAGCUUUGGCUGGUGAUGAAGUUACUUAGUGGAGGCUCUGUUUUGGAUAUUAUAAAGCACAUUGUGGCCAAAGGAGAACACAAGACCGGUGUCCUGGAUGAGCCCUGUAUAGCCACGAUCCUCAAGGAGGUGCUGGAGGGGCUGGACUACCUGCAUAAAAACGGACAAAUCCACAGGGAUGUGAAAGCUGGAAACAUUCUUCUUGGAGAAGACGGCUCAGUGCAAAUCGCAGACUUCGGCGUUAGUGCUUUUUUGGCCACCGGUGGUGACAUUACCAGAAAUAAAGUCAGGAAAACAUUUGUAGGCACACCUUGCUGGAUGGCACCAGAAGUUAUGGAACAGGUCAGAGGAUACGAUUUCAAGGCAGAUAUCUGGAGCUUUGGGAUCACUGCUAUUGAACUGGCUACAGGGGCAGCUCCUUAUCAUAAAUACCCCCCGAUGAAGGUUUUAAUGUUGACACUACAAAAUGAUCCUCCGUCUUUGGAAACCGGCGUGCAAGAUAAAGAGAUGCUGAAGAAGUAUGGGAAAUCUUUCAGGAAGAUGAUUUCAUCGUGCCUACAAAAAGACCCCGAAAAAAGACCUACAGCAGCAGAACUCUUAAGACACAAAUUUUUCACGAAAGCAAAGAAUAAAGAGUUUUUACAAGAGAAGAUGUUACAGAGAGCACCAACAAUUACUGAAAGAUCUAAAAAGGUAAGGAGAGUCCCAGGAUCCAGCGGACGUCUCCAUAAGACUGAGGAUGGCGGCUGGGAAUGGAGCGACGACGAACUAGAUGAAGAAAGUGAGGAAGGCAGAGCAGCAAUUUCACAGCUCAGGUCUCCCAGAGUGAAGGAACCUGUACAGAAUUCAGAACUGUUCCCAUCGACUGAACCUCCAGGUCCUUCACUCAGUGCUCCAGCACAAGCACCUACUCAACUACCUCAGGCUGCAGGACCAGCACCUGCACAACCUCAGGCUGCUGUACCUCCACCUAGUCAGGCUCCUCCAGCAGCCCCAGCAGCAGCUCAGGCCCCACCUGCCCCCGCUGCAGCUCCGGUACAGGAAGAUACAAAAGUCCCCAUCAGCCUCGUACUAAGGUUAAGGAAUUCAAAAAAAGAACUCAAUGAUAUCCGAUUUGAAUUUACGCCAGGGCGAGAUACUGCUGAUGGUGUGUCUCAAGAGCUAAUUUCAGCAGGGCUUGUGGAUGGCAGAGAUCUGGUAAUAGUUGCAGCUAAUUUGCAGAAAAUUGUGGAAGAGCCCCAAGCAAACAGAUCCGUCACUUUCAAACUGGCAUCUGGUGUCGAAGGCUCAGAUAUCCCCGAUGAUGGCAAACUUAUAGGAUUUGCACAGCUCAGCAUCAGCUAAACAAUGGCCCCAGGAGAUGAUUCCCAACAGAGAACCCACAUGUGCAUAUUCGUAGUGCUUCUGUUAGCCUAAAAAAAAAAAAACCACUACUGCCAAAGAAUUGAACUACAGCCCCCUUCC